AUGGGUUUUGCAAAAGAAGAGAAAUCUAAAAAAGUUUUGAGAGGAGUAAAGACUCUGUUCUUCUUGAUCACCAUGUUGAUUUCUUUCCUUCUUUUCUCUGCUCCUAUACUUCUUGUCAUAACUGAUACUCUUCUUCCCUUUUCCCUCCUUUCUGCCUCUCUUUCUCCUUCUUCUUUAUCAUUAGAAACUCUCUCUUCUCAUUUCAAUAACUAUGAUUUUCGUUACUCCCUCAUUGACAUACCCCUCAUAUCCAUUAUAAGAUCAGCUGUCAUCAUUUGCGUUUAUAGUUUGUGUGAUGGACCAAGGCUCUCAAGAGGACCAUACUUGUUGAUUACAACGAUGUGUUCUGCGUCAUCAUUAAUUUAUGUUUCGUUCAAGGCACCACGCGUGUUCAGAGUUUCGAGUACGGAUCGAGGAGAGUAUGUUAGAGCCAUGGAAAUUGCCUUGUUUAUUUGCUCUCUGCUUCUUGCAAUCGGUCAUAUUGCUGUGGCAUAUAGAACAAGUUGCAGAGAAAGAAGAAAGCUUUUGGUCUACAAAAUUGACAUUGAAGCUGUUUCAGCUUGCAAGAAUGUGGUGUUUCCUAGGUAUCAGAAGAUUCUGCUGGAAGAAAGAGUGAAAUGA